CGACCUGCACGACUCUGGCCAUGGGGAACAGCCACUGUGUCCCUCAGGCCCCCAGGAGGCUCCGGGCCUCCUUCUCCAGAAAGCCCUCAUUGAAGGGAAACAGAGAGGACGGCGCACGGAUGCCGGCUGGCCUGCUGGGCCCCGAGGCUGCUGGAAGCGGGGACGCCGCCGCCAACAAGCUCUUCCACUACAUCCCGGGCACGGACAUCCUGGACCUGCAGAACCAACGAGAAAACCUGGAGCAGCCGUUCCUGAGUGUGUUCAAGAAGGUGCGGCGGAGGGUGCCUGUGAGGAACCUGGGAAAGGUCGUACAUUACGCCAAGGUCCAGCUGCGGUUCCAGCACAGCCAGGACGUCAGCGACUGCUACCUGGAGCUGUUCCCCGCCCACCUGUACUUCCAGGCCCACGGCUCGGAAGGACUCACCUUUCAGGGGCUGUUACCACUGACGGAGCUGAGCGUCUGCCUGCUGGAGGGGUCCCGAGAGCACGCCUUCCAGAUCACAGGCCCGCUGCCCGCACCCCUCCUGGUGCUCUGCCCCAGCCGGGCCGAGCUGGACCGCUGGCUUUACCACCUGGAGAAGCAGACGGCCCUCCUUGGGGGGCUGCAACACUGCCACUCGGCACCGCCACAGGGGUCCUGUGGAGACGAGCUCCCCUGGACUCUGCAACGCCGCCUAAGCCGGCUGCGGACGGCGUCAGGGCACGAACCAGGCGGCAGCGCUGUCUGUGCCUCGAGGGUCAAGCUGCAGCACCUGCCCGCACAGGAGCAGUGGGACCGGCUCUUGGUCCUGUACCCGACGUCCCUGGCCAUUUUCUCUGAGGAGCUGGACGGGCUUUGCUUCAAGGGGGAGCUCCCACUCCGUGCGGUCCACAUCAACCUGGAGGAGAAGGAGAAGCAGAUCCACUCCUUCCUGAUCGAAGGCCCCCUCAUCAACACCAUCCGCGUGGUGUGCACCAGCUAUGAGGACUAUAGCCACUGGCUGCUGUGCCUUCGUGCUGUCACCCACAGGGCGGGGGCCCCGCCGCUGCCUGGCGCCGAGAGCUUCCCAGGGCUGCAGGUUACGGGCAGCGGCCGAGGCUCACUGUCCUCAGGCGGACGGACCAGCUGGGACUCGGGGUGCCUGGCGCCCCCCUCCACACGCACCAGCCACUCCUUGCCUGAGUCCUCAGUGCCAUCCACUGUGGGCUGCUCCUCCCAGCACGCACCGGACCAGGCCAACUCUGACCGCACCAGCAUUGGCCGACGGAGGACUGAGCUGAGACGUAACAGCAGCCGGUCACCCAGGAGCAAGGCCCGGGCAGAGGGCCGCGGCCCUGCCACCCCACUGCACCUGGACCUGACCCAGCUGAACAGGCUGAGCCUGGAGAACAGCCCAGACGCCCCUGACCACGCUUCGGAAACUUCACACUCACCCCUCUAUGCUGACCCCUACACGCCCCCCGCCACCUCCCACCGCAGGGUCACCGAUGUCCGGGGCCUGGAGGAGUUCCUCAGUGCUAUGCAGAGCUCACCUGGACCUGUGCCCUUGAGCCCACUCCCCUUGGUACCUGUGUCUGUGCCUGCCUCUGACCCCGGCUCCAGCUCCUCCGGCCCCUCGGGCCCCCACUUGCUCUCCAAGAAGGCAGUCAUGCAGUCCAGAGCCUCUCAGAGACACCGGGGCUCAGCCAAGGACGGGGGGCCGCAGCCCCCAGACUCCCCUCAGCUUGUCUCCUCUGCCAGGGAAGGUUUGCCUGAACCCCGGCUGCCUCUGACAGAUGGCUGGUCCUCCAGGAGGAGCCAGGGCCCCGGCUACGACCACCUGUGGGACGAGACUUUGUCUUCCUCCCACCGGAAGUGCCCCCAGCUUGGAGGGCCUGAGGCCAGUGCGGGUCUGGUGCAGUGGAUCUGAUGGCCACGGUGAGGCCGGCUCUCAGGACCACCCUCACCAAGCUCCAGGGUACCCGCCCCUCUAACCCACUUCAAAUUACAAGUCAGGGUCUGAACCCAGUGUGAUGGGGGGUCUCCGGGGCCCUGAGUUCAGAGCCUGUCCUCGGCUCCUGCUCCUCAGUGCCAGCAGCUGGGGCAGGGAGGGGAUGCCCUGGCUGGCGAGGUGGGUCACAGGUCAGGGAGGUCCUGGCCAUCCACAGGGUCGGCCCUCAGCUCAGCUCGCCAGGAGUCAGGGGGGAGACUCACUGGGAGUGGGAGGGCGGCAUGGGCGUGAAGGUCGGAGGAAAGAGAAAGGUCAGCAGGGUCAGAUGGUAUGUGAGGUCAGAGGGCAUGAGGGUCACAGGUCAGCAAGGUGUGAGGAGCACUGGCCAGGGUGUCCCAAGGAGGAGGGCGGGUGGGUCCUUGCAUGGCCUGGGCAUGCGCCAUAGGGCAGCACGGGAGAUGCUGACACCACCGGACAAGAAAGAACAAAAAGAGAAAAGAGAGAAGAGAAGAGAAGAGAAGGAAAGAGAGAGAGAGAACGAGGAAAAGAAGAAAGAAAAAGAAAAGAAAGAAUUUUAUUGGUGCCGCGUACACGUGUUCUCCGCUCAGCAGCCAGGAUCUCCCACAGUCUUGAGGACCCUGCACGCACUGCCUUGGCAGGACCCCCACCCGGGGACCCCCACCUGGCACCCAGCCAGGCAGCCCCCUUCCUCUGCCACCUUCGGCCCCUCACCGACCUUCCCAACUCGUCUCUGACUCCCCUUGGCCGUGGGCCCCCAGCUGCCCCACAAGAGCCGCCAGGACAACCCCAGGAGCCCAGCCCUCCGUCUGAUGCCGCCAAAUUCUCCCUCUGCACCUGCACCCAGGGCUUCCCAGGGAGGGGCUCGCAGCUCUGCCACAGACCCCCACCCUGCAGGGGCCGCUGGGCUGCCUUCACUGUCUCAGGCCAGAGCUCAGAGAGGCCUUGGCCACAGUCCCUUGAGGAUCAAGAGUGAUGGGCCUUGGAGCCCUUGGCAGCCCGGCCCACCUGUGAGGAGGCUGCCCUGUGUCCUCGCCCCUCCGUUUGCCCAGAGCUCCAACCAGAGCCUCUCGCUGCUCAGACCCCUCCAGGGUCCAAGUCCUGUCCUGCCACUCAGCCCCCACUGCAUCCCGGAAGAAAUGCAGGGUGCGGUUAAAUGUGAUUUCAGAUAAACAACAAAUAACUUCUUAGUAAAAUGACCUCCCCACUAUUGCAUGUCUGAAAUUAA